UUAAUCGCAGUGGGCAUCCACUUGCUCCUGUUGAUGUUCGAAGUCUUGGUCUGUGACAGGAUCGAGAGAGGAAGCCACUUCUGGCUGCUGGUCCUCAUGCCGCUCUUCUUUGUCUCCCCGGUUUCGGUUGCAGCUUGUGUUUGGGGCUUUUGACAUGACAGGUCACUGGAGGUUCCUCAGGACUUCAGCUGCCGAUUCCUGGAGCCGCUGGAUGCUGGUGGUCAUGGAAACCGGCUCCGACGCGCCAGCAGCCCUGAGGCUCCGGGAUGGUCCUCCGGAUACAGUCGUCAGGCUGGGCACCGAGGCAACCCAGCCCACCUCACUACCUCCAGGGGGCGCUCCGACCCAGCUUCCGGAUGUGAUGUCAUUAGUCUUCCGACUGGGAGGCCUGAGGGACGGGACGGCCUCAGUGUCUGACGCCGGAUUCAGGUCACGCACAAGGACUCCAGGGAGGGGAGGGCCUGUAAGUGACGCCUGGACCCAGGCCAGCUGAGACAGCACCCCAGGCCCCGACAGGCUUCUCCAUGCCAGGAGCAUCGCCAGCCCUGGGCCGGGCCUGGGGACAUCAGGAAACGGCAGCUGAAGUCCUGCGGCACCUGUCCUGAGGUCGCAGAGCCAUGGAGGACCAGGCUGAGCCAGGAGACAAGGUUGCCAUUCCCCUGAGCAGCGUCAGCAUGCCUCUGGGCGCGAGGAGUGUGCAGUGCCUGUUGGAGGAGGCCCAGCAGGAGGCGAGCGAAGCCCAGGGCCUGGAAGGGGCCCAGCCUUCGUCUCAGGAUGGGCCAGCCACCCUGGGAAGUGAGCCCCACGCCCAUAGCUCCAGCAGCCAUGGGGACGAGGCCGCAGGGGAUGCCAGGGCCUCUCUCCAAGAUGCGCUGCGCAGGAAGGAGAUCCAACUGGUGACCUUCCUGCUCCACAAGUACCGCGCCAAGGAGCCGACCACGAAGGCAGAGAUGCUGGAGCUGGUCGCCCAGGAUCACCAGGACCACUUCCCUGACAUCCUCAGCCGUGCCUCCUUGUCCUUGGAGCUGACCUACGGCAUUGAUGUAAAGGAAGUAGAUCCCAGCAGCCACUCCUAUGUCCUGGUCCCCACCCUGGGCCUCACCUGGGAUGGGGUGACCGAAGAGCAGCGCCUCCCCAAGACCGGCCUCCUGGCGCUGCUCCUGGGCAAGAUUUUCCUGUGGGGGGGCCGGAUCCCAGAGAAGUAUAUGUGGGAAAUACUUAGUGCCAGGGGGGUGUACUCCGGGAGGGAGCACUGCAUCUUCGGGGAGCCCAGGGAGCUCAUCACCAGGGUCUGGGUGCAGGAGCAGUACCUGGAGUACCAGCAGGUUCCCGACAGCAAUCCUGCUCGCUUCCAUCUGCUCUGGGGCCCCAGGGCCCACGCAGAGGCCAGCAGGGUGCAGGUCCAGCAGUUUUUGCUCAGGCUCCUUAGCACACCUAUAGGCCCUUUCCUGUGCCCAUCUGAGGAGGCUAGGACCAAUGAGGAACAGGGUCCCUGAGCAGAGGGGGGCCAGGCCCAGGCCAAGCCCCCGUCAGGCAGGCGCUUCUGCUGGGCAUGCAGUCAGGCCCCUUCUCCCUCUGGCCUAGGAGAGAGAGCAGCCAGCACUCUAAGGAGCGCAGGUUCUGUGCCACGUGGGCUGGAGCCUCUGGGCUCCUGUUCUCCCCGACCCCAUGGAAGUGGGUCUCUGUUACCUCUGGUGUGAUUCCCCCUGUUGUUCCUUUUCAUAGAAAGGGCGGUUAGCUUCAUCGUCUGUUUCUGUAUGACAUGUAUCCCAUGUAUGUUUGGACAGUUUACCAGUUCAGUGCGUUGCUGUUUUGUAGACACAUGGGGACACCUUCCAUCUGAGUUUGUGACCAGAGCUAGGUCACAUGGCAUCGGCCUCGCCACUCCCUCCCAAAAGUGAUGGAAAUUAGCAGUAAAAUGGACGGUGUCCCGAAAUGGAGAAAUAAAAGUACAGUUGGUUAA